UAUACCACCACAACCCACCCUCCAAUCUACAUUCUCAUAUCUAACACUCUAUAACCAUAUUGUUCUUCAUUGAGGCGUUACCAUAUCUAAAAUUUUAACGUAAUGGCGCCCUCGCCAGACACGAGCAAAACGACCAAACUCGAGCGGUACAACACCUACAUCCGCAAAGUUAACACGACCAAAAUAUUAUCCGCCUCAUCAAAGCUCCUUUUUCGCCUCACGCUCUUAGUCGCGCUCAUUCUCAUUUUCUUCUUCACAUUCAACAACCAGCCAGUUUCCGACCCAACCAUCAGUAACCACCGUGUCCUCACCACCUCCCACUUCCUCUCCUCCGCCUUCUACGGCAGCGGGGCGUCGUGGGAGAAAGAAGUCCGGCGGUCUUCAACGCCACGUCGGCUUAACGGGUUCUCGGUUCUUGUUACUGGAGCUGGUGGGUUUGUUGGGACUCAUUGCUCAUUAGCUUUGAAGAAACGUGGUGAUGGUGUUUUGGGUUUGGAUAAUUUUAAUUCUUAUUAUGAUCCUUCCUUGAAACGUGCGAGACAAACGUUGUUGAAACAACAUGAGAUUUUUAUUGUAGAAGGUGAUUUAAAUGACGGCGAGUUGUUAUCGAAACUUUUCGACAUUGUACCGUUUACACAUGUACUCCACUUGGCAGCGCAAGCGGGCGUACGUUACGCAAUGCAAAACCCACAAUCGUACGUUAGAUCCAACAUUGCGGGAUUCGUAAAUCUCCUCGAAACCGCAAAAAACGCGGAUCCUCAGCCAUCAAUCGUGUGGGCAUCAUCCAGCUCAGUAUACGGACUCAACACCGAAAACCCGUUUUCGGAGUCCCAUCGCACGGACCAACCCGCGAGCCUCUACGCCGCUACUAAAAAAGCGGGCGAGGAAAUCGCCCAUACUUAUAACCAUAUUUACGGUCUUGCCAUUACCGGGUUAAGGUUUUUCACCGUGUAUGGACCGUGGGGUCGACCAGAUAUGGCCUACUUUUUUUUCACAAAAGAUAUUCUUAAUGGAAAACCAAUUAAUGUAUACCAGACGCAUGAUGAAAAAGAGGUGGCGCGUGACUUCACGUACAUAGACGACGUCGUAAAAGGGUGUUUAGGGGCGUUAGAUACGGCGGAGAAGAGUACCGGAAAAGGCGGGAAAAAGAGGGGUCCGGCGCAAUUAAGGAUAUAUAACUUGGGGAACACGUCACCCGUGUCGGUGGGAAAGUUAGUGUCAAUAUUGGAAAAUUUGUUAAGUGUGAGGGCUAAAAAGCAUAUUAUUAAAAUGCCACGAAACGGCGACGUUCCGUAUACUCAUGCUAACGUGAGCCUGGCUUAUAGGGAUUUUGGGUAUAAACCUACUACUGAUUUGUCAACUGGGUUGAGGAAGUUUGUUAAGUGGUAUGUUAGUUAUUAUGGGAUCAAGCCAAGGGUAAAAAAGGGAAUUAACGACUCGAAUUGAUGAUAUUGAUCCGUUUCACCCCCGAACUUCUGUUUAUUCACGAGGUUACCCCUAAGUUAUUGUUUUUCUUUGCGGUUCCAAUCCGAUGAUGUUCUGGUAUUGGGUGAAGAAUGAAGAUGGUGAACAACGACGACGACGUCGUGUCGAAGGGCGCGCUACGGUUACAUGGUGUUUCUUUUGAUGGAAAUGGAAAUCAAUUGUCAAGGCAAUUGAAGAUAUGUGUGUAUACAUACAAAUAUUAUAAGGAUACCAAGGGGGAGAAGUGUAGAGUUAAGAAAUUUAGGGGUGUGAUUGUAAUAAUUUGUUGUUGGAUGUAAAUUUAAAGAUAAUAUAGUUUUGUGCCUAAAAAGAAAAAGGUGCAAAUCAAGAUGUGUAUUGUGAAAUUUCAAGAACAUAAUGAUGACCCAAAGGCAUCAACUUUCAUUCUUUUGGGUAUUGUGAUA